AUGAGCGAUCAAAUGGACAUGUCGCCUGUCGCAAAGCGUGCUCGUGUCAGCAGCAAUAGUCAAGGUGACUCAACAGUCGGAUUGUCGCGCCAAGCAUCUUCGCGUUCAUUCCACGACAUCAACUCGUUGCCCCAAAAGCCUUUGGAAGCCGGCCAAGUGUUUGUCUUUGGCAAUGGUGACGUCGGCCAGCUCGGUCUUGGUGAUGAAAUGUUGAGACGUAAACGACCCAUGCCGUUGCGAGCUCUUGACGAUGAAGAGAUAUGUGAUGUGGUUUCUGGUGGUAUCCAUACCAUUGCUAUCACUAAGGGCGGCAAGCUCUGGAGUUGGGGAUGCAAUGAUCAAGGAGCAUUGGGACGACCAGGCGAUGAGUACGUGCCACUUCCAGUCCAUAACCUUGAAGGCGUCAACAUUACCAAGGUAGCAUGUGGUGAUUCGGUAUCGAUGGCUCUUUCGGAUACGGGUGAAUUGUACUGCUGGGGUACUUUCCGUUCAUCUGAAGGUGCUCUCGGCUUCUCCAAGAAGCAAGCUGUGCAAGAAUUGCCAAAGAUUUUUGAACCCCUCGCCAAGGAAACGAUUGUGGAUAUUGCAGCUGGUGCUGAUCAUUGUCUUGCUCUUAACAACCAUGGCCGUGUAUUCAGCUGGGGCAAUGGUCAACAAUACCAAUUGGGUCGUCGUGUGAUUGAACGUCGCAAAAAGAACGGUCUUCAGCCGGAGCCUCUUAGUCUCAAGAACAUCAAGACCAUUGGAUCGGGAUCGUAUCACUCUUUUGCAUUGAGCCACACCAAUGAUUUAUAUGUAUGGGGCUUGAACAACUUCCAACAAUGUGGCCUUUGGGAGACCGAGGAGGAUCAUAAGACCCCAACCGAAGUGACCGUUCCAACCGUGAUUCCAGGAUUGCAAGGAAAGGGUGACAUCAAGUCGAUGGUAGCAGGCGAGCAUCAUUCUUAUGUCUUGAUGGAAAAUGGCGAUGUUUAUGCUUUUGGUCGUGCCGAUUCAUCCCAGCUUGGUCUUCCCAAAGAAGAGAUUAAUCGCGUCGCAUUGGGUGACAAUGACAAGUCCCAAUUUAAGCGUGCUGUCGGCUUCCCCACCAAGAUCCCUGGUCUCAGCAACGUUGAACAAAUCAGCAGCGGUGGUAACCAUGGCAUCGUCACUACAACGGAUGGUACUGCUUAUACUUGGGGCUUUGGUGAAUCGGCCAACCUUGGUAAUGGAUCCGAAGAGGAUGAGCCUGUUCCUGUCAAGUUGACUGGUCAAAAACUCGAAGGUCACAAAGUCUUGCGUGUUGCUGCAGGUGGACAUCAUUCAGUUAUUGUUGCCACAAAGUAA